AUGUGGUGCAGCGCCGGCGGGGGCCAGGAGGGGGAGCCGUGGAGCCGGCAGCCUGCCAGCAGUGAGGCCCCUGGAGCACAGGGUUUCUGCUCUGCGGCUAUGGAUGUGUUCCAGAAGGUAGAGAAGAUCGGAGAGGGCACCUACGGGGUGGUGUAUAAGGCCAAGAACAAGGAGACCGGGCAGCUUGUGGCCCUCAAGAAGAUCAGGCUGGAUCUGGAAACGGAGGGAGUUCCAAGCACGGCCAUCAGGGAGAUCUCCCUGCUCAAAGAGCUUAAGCACCCCAACAUCGUCAGGCUGCUGGACGUGGUGCACAGUGAGAAGAAGCUUUACCUGGUGUUUGAGUUCCUCAGCCAGGACCUGAAGAAGUACAUGGACUCCGCCCCAGCCUCCGAGCUGCCGCUGCGCUCGGUCAAGAGCUACCUCUUCCAGCUGCUGCAGGGCGUGAAUUUCUGCCACUCGCAUCGGGUCAUCCACCGAGACCUGAAGCCCCAGAAUCUGCUCAUCAAUGAGUUGGGUGCCAUCAAGCUGGCUGACUUCGGACUGGCUCGAGCCUUCGGGGUGCCCCUGCGCACCUACACCCAUGAGGUGGUGACGCUCUGGUAUCGCGCCCCCGAGAUCCUCUUGGGCAGCAAGUUCUACUCCACGGCCGUGGAUGUCUGGAGCAUCGGCUGCAUCUUUGCCGAGAUGGUGACCCGCAGAGCCCUGUUUCCUGGUGACUCUGAGAUUGACCAGCUCUUCCGAAUCUUUCGGACCCUGGGGACACCCAGUGAAGCCGUGUGGCCAGGGGUCACCCAGCUGCCCGACUAUAAGGGCAGCUUCCCCAAGUGGACCAGGAAGGGGCUGGAGGAGAUCGUGCCCAGUCUGGAACCAGAGGGCAAGGACCUGCUCAUGCAACUCCUGCAGUACGACCCCAGCCGGCGGAUCUCAGCCAAGGCCGCCCUUGUGCAUCCAUACUUCUCGUCCACGGGGACCCCCCCGGCACCCCACCAGUGCGUGCUGGAGCGGUUCUGCCGCUGAACAGGCCCGAGCCUCCCAGCCUCUCUCCAGCCGCUGCCCCUGCUGCCUCCCCAACCCACUGCCCCAGGAAGAGAACAGCAAAGCUCUGAGUUUGGCCUUGGCCGCCAGAGGGCUGAGUUUGAGUUAGUUCUGCCCACAGGUUAGCAAGUUCCCGUGUUGUUGGUUGGUUUGACGUUGCCAUUUCCAGAUGGGGGCACGGAAGCUCCGUGCACCAGGGGGGACAGGGGAUCGUUAGAGAAUGUGUCCCUGGGCUCUGAAACAAGAGUCGCCCAGGUGAGCAUGAAGCCUGCGCCAGCUGGCAGCAGGAGAGAGCCAGACCCGCCCGCCCCGCCCCUGCCCCAGCGAAAGGGUGCCCCCUGCUGGUCAUUAUGGCUUUAAAAUGUUUUGGGGGGAAGAGUUGCAUUCCAGGGAAGAAAGCAAGUUAAACAGGAAGCGGGGCAAGGGAGAGAGGACAUUUUCCCCGAUGGAGAGUGUGCGUGCCGGUUGAGUAGUCGUCCUGUACUUAGCAUAUACUUACGUUCGUUUGCCUCUGGUUUUAAGAACAGGAAAUAAAAGUGAUGUAUUCCUGAA